AUGGCGAAGAAAGUUAAGACACGUCGAAAACUCGUAUUAUUAUUUAGUGUAAUCAUUGGUCUAAUUGCAGUUAUUCUAGCAAUUGUUGGCGUUGCAACAAGAAAUUGGGUUAGUGUUCAGGGAAAUACAAAUGAAUUACAGAAUAAAUUUGGUCAGUUGCUAGAUGCGAAUGGGCAAUUUGUUGUCACUGCUGCUAAUACCUUAGCUGGUUUAGGAGUACCAGCACCGCUAACGAAACUGAUUGUAAUUGGCCUUGCAAAUGCAACACUCGUUCAAGUAGAAGGGCAAUUGAGAAGUAAUCUUCAGUCAACAACCUACAGUUUAUUUGAUAAAAAAGUUUCAGUGGCAAGAACAGAAGUUUCAGAAUUAAAAUUGCCACAAGGUCUUGUUAUGGCCGGUUUAGCCUGUAUCUUUAGUGGAACUUUAUUGGCAAUACUUAUUUUUUGCAUUCCUGUUAAUUUACGAACUGGUUUACGUUAA